UGUCAGUUAAAGCGCUUUCAUAUACAAACAUAUAAAAAUGAAUAUCUUGCAUCGAAAUAGUAUAUUUUUUCCAAUUCGGGCAUUUUGCAAAAAAUAUUCAUCUGGCUCUAAUGAAGCAGCGUCAAAGAGGGUGCUUAAUACAGCAAGGACAUAUUCAGGCGAUACUCCCAUAAAAACACCCGGUGAGCUGCAAUUAACUAGUUCUCAUUAUGACAUCCAUAGACUUGAUACGUCACCAUCACCAACUAGUGAGAUUACCAGAGAUGAAGGUUUAAAAUUGUAUCGAGAUAUGUUGAUAUUAAGACGAAUGGAAAUUACUGCCGCCAAUAUGUACCUAAAGAAACAAGUAAGAGGGUUUUGUCACGUAUACGUUGGCCAGGAAGCAUGCGCUGUUGGUAUCCACUCUGUGAUGAGACCUAACGACACUUCAAUUACGGCAUAUAGAUGCCACGGUUGGGCUUACCUUCACGGCGAAACGGUAGAGAAUAUUUUGGCAGAGCUGCUAGGCAAAGUUACUGGUUCUGCUAGAGGGAAGGGUGGUUCCAUGCAUAUUUAUGGAGAGCGUUUCUAUGGCGGAAAUGGCAUAGUUGGUGCUCAUGUUCCUGUUGGUACUGGUCUCGCAUUAGCUUACAAAUAUAAUAACAAUGGCGCCAUUUCUUUUACUGUAUACGGUGACGGAGCUGCUGAUCAGGGUCAAGUGUACGAAGCCUACAAUUUCGCAAAACUUCAUAACCUACCAGUUGUAUUUAUAAUCGAAAAUAACAACUAUAGUAUGGGUACAUCAAGGGAACGACACUCAGCUAAUACAGAAUAUUAUACGAGAGCUGACAUGGUUCCUGGUGUCAGAGCUGGAGGCAUGGAUGUAUUAGCUGUUAGAGAAGCAGGCAAGUUUGCUAUAGAUCAUAUCAAUAAAGGACUGGGACCGAUUAUUUUACAACUUGAUACAUACAGAUACUAUGGCCAUUCGAUGUCAGAUCCAGGCACUACCUACAGAAGCAGGGAGGAAGUUCGUCAAGUGAGGGAAACUCAAGACUGCAUCAAAGGCUUCCAAGAUAAGUUAUUAUCGGCAGAAGCAGUAACCGAAGAAGAACUGAAGAAGAUUGAAAAAGAAGUUAAACUUGAAGUAGACGAAGCAUUAAAAAAAGCAAUGGCAGCGGCUGACGUGCCGACUGAAGAAGUGUAUUGUGAUAUAUACAGAGAUUAUACAGCGAAAGUAAAGAUGCCCGCUUGGGGUGUUGAUAAAGAACAUAAAAAUGUUAGUCACUUGAUUCCGAAAGGAGUAGAAAAAAUUGACUUAAAAGAUAAAACUAAUAAAUUAAAACAAAAUAAGACAAAAGGUUUAAAAUAAGUUGGUUCAUGUUUGAUAUUUUUGUUAUCUUUGUUUAAUUUUGAAAUUAA